UCUACAGACAGGGGGAACGGGGACACACCGCCGAUCCUGGCCGCCAUCCUCAGGAGGAAUGCCACCCCCACCAUACAUGAAGCCACACAGGACGACUUGUCUUCAGAAUUACAAUGCCUGCAAACGGUGAGACUGGACAGAGAGGGGAUCACCAAACUGAGCAAUCUGGAGGCUGUAAACAAGGCGCACAGCCUGUACCUGCAAGAGAAUCAAAUAAAGACCAUUGAAAAUGUAGAGGUUCUCCAGGAUCUGCAGUUCCUUAAUCUUUCUGGGAACAAAAUUGAGAAAAUCCAAAAUCUUCGCUGCUUACAGAACCUGCAGUUCUUGGCCCUAUCUAAUAAUUUGAUUCAGAAACUUAAUGCUGGGGAAUUACCCCAGAGUCUCCUCAUCUUAGAUCUGUCUGGCAAUCCAUGUACAAAGACAAAAGGUUACAGACAGCAAGUACUAGAUGCCUUGCCCCUCCUGCAAGAACUAGACGGAGAAACUGUAAGAGCCCCAAACAGCCAGAAGUCUGUCAAUGAAAAAGAUGGCAGUGACAGUGAUGACUCCAGCCUACUGUCUGAAGAUUCAGACAGUCUCUCAAAUCUGACUCAGGACAUGCUGCAAAGGUCUCAUCAGAGGAGGCAGAGGGCACUGAGAGAACAUGAGGAUCGUCUGGCAGAACUGAAUGAGAGCAGAGAUGGCCAAUCCUUGGUUUCAUCCCAGAAGCUGUGCAGUGCUGAACUGCCUGGAACCUCUCCUCAUAAAUUAGACUCACAGGACAAAACUUCUUCACAAACGCAGAACACCAUUAAAGCUAACAAGGACCAUCAGACUGCCUCUUUACUUGAAAAGAAUACCAAAGAUCUCCGUAAGGUUGGCAAAGUUGUAUCUAAGAAUCAGACAACAGCACCUGCUACUGCUGCAGUUUCAGCUGAAAAAAGAUCAUACACAAAAACUAUCACAAUUAAAACAGCACCAUCGUCUAACAACCAAUCAAAACUUCAGCAAACAAGUAAGUGUUCCGCAGAAAUAACACGAGGUUCAGCUUCUUGUAGUCUGAAAGAAAGACAGACUACACAGAAAAUACCACGGCACAUCUCAGAGAAGGCCACAACUUCUAGUAGAUCAGCCAUGAGUGCUCCAAAUCAGAGAAGAGCGGUCUCAUCACAAAAAUUGUAG